GUGUCUCAACCAUAUCUACAUGUGGAUAAAUCACAGCCCCACAUCUCCUGUACAAUAUGAGGGCUGCACAUCAUUGCACAGUGGCAUCACAUGGUUGGGAAGGAGUGCCUUUUAUGAACGCCAUUACAGACACACAAGUACAUGCACACAGUCCUAACACAUCAGAUCAGAAGAAGUUUAUGAAAGUAAAAUGGCUUAGGGAUUCUGCAGUGUUGAUCUUUCUUAAGUUAUUUUCCUCCUUUUGGAAAACUUUGCAUUUAUAGUCAACCCCAGGCUGAGGUUAACUUGCCAGGAGCAGGUUUGAGAGAUGAGAACUAACGUCAGGGGAUAGAUAUUUUCUUUUACAAAUAAAACCCUGUUAUGUAUUGUUCUCCACCACCCACGCCUAAGCUGCUACUCGACUUAUGAAACAAUUCGAACCACGAACACAGAUAACCCCAGGCUUCAGGUCUGUAAUCUGACUGUGGCCAUCAGCAGCCAGAAAUGAGUUUCUUUCUAAUCAGUCUUGCAUCAGUCCCCAGUCAUUCAUAUAAAGGAGCCUGGAGAGAGGAGGAUUUGCAUUGCUUUUUCUUCAGCACCAGGGUUCUGGACAGCGCCCCAAGAGGUCCACUGCUUGCAAGCCUCUGCUCUCUCUAUCUCUGCGUGCUCAUAUUGCCCCUCUAGUCCCCCCUGCUGCAGAGAAAGAAAAUUACAUCGGGAUCCAUGCAGCCGGCAAUGAUGAUGUUUUCUAGUAAAUACUGGGCAAGGAGAGGGCUUUCUCUGGAUUCAGCAGUGCCUGAAGAGCAUCAGCUGCUUGGCAGCUUAACACUAAAUAAAAGUAACUCUGGCAAAAAUGAUGAUAAAAAAGGCAACAAGGGAAGCGGAAAAAGUGACACUGCUACCGAGAGCGGCAAGACUGCAGUUGUAUUCUCCCUCAAAAAUGAAGUUGGUGGAUUGGUCAAAGCACUGAAGCUCUUUCAGGAAAAACAUGUCAAUAUGGUUCACAUUGAGUCCAGGAAAUCCCGGCGAAGAAGUUCGGAGGUUGAAAUCUUCGUGGACUGUGAGUGUGGCAAAACGGAAUUUAAUGAGCUCAUUCAGUCACUGAAAUUUCAAACCACAAUUGUGACGCUGAAUCCGCCAGAGAACAUUUGGACAGAGGAAGAAGAGCUGGAGGAUGUGCCCUGGUUCCCCCGGAAGAUCUCCGAGUUAGACAAGUGUUCUCACAGAGUUCUCAUGUAUGGCUCUGAGCUGGACGCUGAUCACCCAGGAUUUAAAGACAAUGUCUAUCGACAGAGAAGAAAGUAUUUUGUGGAUUUGGCCAUGGGUUAUAAAUAUGGUCAGCCCAUCCCCAGGGUGGAGUACACGGAGGAAGAAACUAAAACUUGGGGCAUUGUAUUCCGAGAGCUCUCCAAACUCUAUCCCACUCAUGCUUGCCGGGAGUAUUUGAAAAACUUCCCUCUGCUGACUAAAUACUGUGGCUACAGGGAGGACAACGUGCCUCAACUUGAAGAUGUGUCGGUUUUUCUGAAAGAAAGGUCUGGCUUCACAGUGAGGCCAGUGGCUGGAUACCUGAGUCCACGAGACUUUCUGGCAGGACUGGCCUACAGAGUGUUCCACUGUACUCAGUAUGUCCGCCACGGCUCGGAUCCCCUCUACACCCCAGAACCAGACACAUGUCACGAACUCCUGGGACAUGUACCUCUACUUGCGGAUCCUAAGUUUGCUCAGUUUUCACAAGAAAUAGGCCUGGCAUCUCUGGGAGCAUCAGAUGAAGAUGUUCAGAAACUAGCCACAUGCUAUUUCUUCACGAUUGAGUUUGGCCUUUGCAAGCAAGAAGGGCAACUGCGGGCAUAUGGAGCUGGACUGCUUUCCUCCAUUGGAGAAUUAAAGCAUGCUCUUUCUGACAAGGCAUGUGUGAAAGCCUUUGACCCAAAGACAACUUGCUUACAGGAAUGCCUUAUCACAACUUUCCAGGAAGCCUACUUUGUUUCAGAAAGUUUUGAAGAAGCCAAAGAAAAGAUGAGGGACUUUGCAAAGUCAAUUACCCGUCCCUUCUCUGUCUACUUCAAUCCUUACACACAGAGUAUUGAAAUUCUGAAAGAUACCAGGAGUAUUGAAAACGUGGUGCAGGACCUCCGCAGUGAUUUGAACACAGUGUGUGAUGCCUUGAACAAGAUGAACCAGUAUCUGGGAAUUUGAUGCCUGGGACCAGUUUUGUUGCCAGCAUGAUUUUGGGGGGCUUAGCAUCAAUUCAGUCAAUGACCUAUAACACCAAUGGCUUUCUGUGUCAUGGCUUGGCUAGUGAGCAUGUGAUUCUGUAUAUUUCUACCUACUUGUAGCUUAUUGUGAUCAUAUGUGAAACACCAUAAAGAAUCCAAUGACAUAACUACUCAUUAUG